CUCGGCAGUUGCCGAUUAGGAACACUGCACUCACCAACGCUUUCAGCUCAUGGCAAACUACGAACAGCUGCACAGACAGUGCCGCACGCUGGAGAGCCUUUUCGACUCCAAACUCACUUCGUAUUCUCAACUUGUUUCUGCACUUUCAAGACCUAAUGAGGACGUCGAGGCAAAUGGUUCAUCGGAGCGGUGGAAAGACCUGGAGCUGGAAGUCGACGAUCUGCUAGAGAAGCUUGAAGAAACAAACGAGAAACUUGGGGCGCUAACCAAUGAGCCUGAUAUCCUGUCCCAGUCAAUGCUACGGGCGAUCCAGAGACAUCGGGAACUAUACCAAGACAAUGUACAAGCAGUGAAGCGAACAAAAGCCAGUGUCAAGCAAGCCAUGGAGCAAGCAAACCUGCUGAGCGGCGUUCGCAACGAUAUCGAUGCCUAUAAAUCAUCGGCGGCGGAUUCUCUUCUAGCAGAAAGGGGAAGGAUUGAUAGUUCACACCGCAUGACGGACGACAUGAUAGAGCAAGCAUACGAGACACGCUCAGAGUUUACGCGCCAGCGUUCAUCCCUGGCGGGUAUCAACACGCGAAUGAUUAAUGCCAUUAACACGAUGCCCGGCAUAAACAACGUUGUUUCCAUGAUCAAGUCACGACGAAGACGAGAUUCCAUCAUACUAGGUGUUGUUAUCGGCAUAUGCAUUAUUCUUAUCUUGUCAUAUCUUUGGUAGUCGCGGGACCCAUUUCUCACGUCAUAAUUCUGGAUACAUUUUGAAUCGGUAUUUGAUUCGCUUAUCCACUCUUCGACUUUCUUCUUCUUUCUCUUUGACAACUCCGGUGCUUGGUGGUCACCAGCCCUAAACUGCCGCCAGUUCUCCUCCAG